AGACAUCCAAUCAAAUGAAAAAGAAGUAGAAGCAUUAUCUACCCUCCCCUUCUAUCACGUCUCAUGCAGUCUGGCCUUGUGCUUGGAGUGUUCAAUCCAAGCCGACAGUAACAAAAAGAAGGAAUGGAAGGCAGAGGGUAUGGUUCAGGAUACUCCAGCUGGGGAGGCGGGGGGUCGGGCAGCAGAGGUUCCAACAGCUUUGACAUGUAUGGUGGUGGUGGUGGAGGAGGUGGAGGAGGAGGAGGCGGCGGCGGCGGAGGUUAUAAAGACUCGAUGUCCGGUCUUGGAGGAUAUGGAGGAAGUGGGCAAAUGAAGAGGGGUCUCUCCGGAGGCUCCCUGCUCUCCUCCUCAAGUUCAAAUGCAGAUGCAGUCAUUGCCAAGAUUAACCAACGCUUGGAUAUGCUCACACAGUUGGAGGGAGGGAUGAAAGGUGGUCGGAGUGACAGGUUUGACCAGUACGAGUCAUUCGACUCGCGCCAACCCUCGCUGGCCUCUUCCCGAGAUCUCUACAGAUCUAGCAGCAGCAGUAACUAUGGUUAUGGCGAUAACCGGGGGGACAGCAUGCUGUUGGGACAGCGCGGAGGCUCAGGCUUCGCAGGGGGCGUUGGGCUAGGGCUGGGAGGAGGAGGAGGCGGCGGCUACGACACCCCCUCCCCAUCCUACGGCGUCGCUAAGAUGCGACAGAAUAUGAGGGACUCCUUCGGCAGUGGCCAGGGAGCCGGCUCAGGAGGUGGAGGAUGGGUGAGCGCCGGCCGCCGUUCCCCCAGAAGGGGUGGCAAUGCCGGGGGCCGAGGAGCUGGAGGAGGCUUUGGAAGCCGAAAGCCCGACCCCACUCCCUUAGGAGGAGGUGGUCGCGGAGGGGGCCCCCCCCACCGGGGCCACUCCCCAGGAGGUGGAAGGGGAAAGCUCCCAUCCCUCCUGGCCAACCGGAUGUACCCUGAGAGCGGGGGCUUCCACCAGGGCUCCGGCCAAGGCCCCCACGACUUCCCCGGAAGGCAUUUUGGAGGGGGCCCACGAGCUGGCCGCCAGCGGGGCCGCAAAAGACCCCUUAACCGAUUUGAGGCUGCGAAGCAGGUGAAACCCCAGCGCGAUGGACAGAAGAAGAGGAAACAGACGUUGGUUGAGGGAGACGAACCAGAGUCAAAGAUGAACAAGACCGAUGCUGAAGGGGCUGACGCAGACAAAGAUGCCGUUGAGCUCGAAUCUGAGGCUGACCAGGGUGAAGAGAAGACUCAAUCAGGGGAGAAUCAGCAAGAAGAGGAUGGGGAGCAAGAUGCAUCCAAACAAGAUGACGACUCAGACGCCAUGACAUCUCCGCAGGGAAAAGGCUUGGGUCAGGGCCAAGACAAGAACCCCAAACUCAAGAAGCGGAGGGGCUUUCUGGAAAGGUCAGGCGGCAAAGUUAACUCCCAGAGGGUUAUGUUUGCUUGCUCCGUGUGUAAGUUCCGUUCGUUCUACAAAGAAGACAUGGCCGUCCAUCUACAGAGCCGCUUCCAUAAGGACCACUUUAAAUUCCUGUCCAGCCAGCUGUCCAAGCCAACCACAGACUUCCUACAGGAAUACUUGCAGAACAAAUUUGACAAGACAAAACAGAGGGUUGGUCAGUUGGAAAACCACAGCGCUGCAAUCUGCCAAGUAUACAAAGAACAGGACCUAACUAGAGAGAUCGGUAUGGAGCACUUCAUGAGGAAAGUAGAGGCUGCCCACUGCGCCGCAUGUGACCUGUUCAUCCCUAUGCAACACCACCUGAUCCAGAAGCACAUCAAAUCCCCUGAUCACAACUACAACCGCAAGGGUAUGAUGGAGCAGUCGAAGAGAGGCAGUCUGUCUGUGGCUCGCAGCAUACUUAACCACAAAAUUAUUGGCAAGAAACUGGAGAGUUAUCUCAAGGGUGAAAAUCCGUUCACUGGGAACCAAGACGAGCAGGACCCCGAGGACUCCAUGGUGAUGGAGGUGACUGACGGCAUGAAGGAGAUGGGCGACGGCGACGACGGCGGCCAGAAGAACGCCAGCCAGUCAAUAAAGGAGGAGCCUGCCAUCGAAGGGGAGACUGCUCAGGAGGUGGCUGAGGGAGAAGGUGCGGAGGGGGAAAAGAUGGAGGAGGAGGAGCAGCAGCAGCAGCAGGAGGAGGAGGAGGAGGAGGAGCAGCAGGAGCAGCAGCAGCAGCAGCAGGAGGAGAAAGAGCAGGAGGCGGCAGCACAGCAGGGGGGAAAUGAGGAGGAGGAGGAGGAAGAAGAGGAAGAAGGCUUUGAGGUUGGAGAUGACGAAGGAUAUGUUGUAGAGGAUGAGAUCGGUGAAGAUGCUGUGCAGGGAGAGUUGGACGAGGAAGAGGGAGUAGAAGCGGCAGCCGGAGAAGUGGAAGGGGACAAGAAUGGCAGUGAUGGUGCUGUGCUUGAGUGACUGUAGUGGCCUCUCACUGCAAACUCUUAUCUGGACCAGUUAACAUGUUUCCUAGUCCUUCCAUCGCUGCCCUUUCGCUGCCUACCCUGAAUUACCAUAACGUACAUGCCAGUGUCCUGAGGUUUCUUACAAAGACGAAGCAAAAAUGUAUUUCAUGUUUUGUUUGUAACCCAAAUUUUCUUGUGCCUUUUUUAUUUUAUUUUUUGCGUUUUUAUUGAAAGUGUCUGGUAUCAAGUGGUAAAUUCUGCCCUCCCCCCGACUAACAGUACAUAAAAUGUAAUCCCUUGCCGGUCAGUGUUUUUGGCAAAUGAUUACAUUUACACUUCCCAAUGUUAAUAUCCUGGAAAGAUUAAAGUUAUGUCUUUAGAAUUGCUUUAGGAACUAAUCCGUUGUCUCUUGUGCAACAAAGUUUUUGUUCUAUUGAGUAAAUAAAAAAUGUGUUUGAUAAAUCCA